ACCUUUAAAAGGGAAGCAUCGAGGACGGAAUGGUACAUUUAGUUCUGUGACAUUCAGCAAGAAUGAAGUUCCUCCUGUUAUUCGUUUUCGUUGCUGUAGUGGUGAUGAUCGAUGCUCGACCAUCAAAGAGCAGCGUUCCAUCAACGAAAAAGAACGAAGAAAUAAAAGAGGCUCUGAAAAUCAGCAACCAAGUUGAAGGAGAACUUGAAGAACUUGAAAGAACUAAGAAACAUAUUCACAGGAUGCAAUAUCCAGGAUGGGGAUCGUCUUCUGUAAACGUCGCCCAAGCAUCAGCUUCGGUUCACUCCAACCCCGGGCAUUAUCAUCAUUCUCAUCAUCGUCUGCCACAUUAUUCAUCAUCUCAUUCAGAGACUCACGAUUUCGCUGCCAAUGUCAAUCUACCGCAUAGCAGCUUAUCAGUUGCACAAAGCGAAGCUCAUCAACAUCAACAGACAUUCGGUUAACGAGAUUCCAUGCAAAAUAUGAAAAUACUCGAAUUGGCACGUUUCAAGGUGUCGAAUAAAAUGAAAUUAAAUCGACGAAAUCAGUUUUCCUGAUAAUUAAUCUACCAAUUACUUGUUAAAAAUUACUUUCUUUAAUGAUAUGGAGAGAUACAAGACCACUAUAUUAGCCUGUAUGAUUACUUUAAAUCAAU